AUGGCGCAAACAACACAACAUCCCACCAAACCCUGCCCCGCUGCAGCCCUCCAGCCACGGGACCCUUCUAUCCCACCAGAGAAUCCUUAUGAUUCCCCAUUCUUAACAGCCUUCCUCACUGCAUCUCCAGUGGCUGCAGAAAUUAUCUCCCAUCUGUCUACACCGCAAAAGCAGUAUCUUUUUGCAACAUGUUCUGCACUUUCCUCAUAUCGAGACUCGUGCUAUGCGUGGCGUUCCGUUACCCUUACAAAAUACGGGUAUGAACCGCAAACUUCGUUCGCGAAUCUGAAUUACCAGGUCCAGCAAGGGAUCAUGGCACAGAAAAGAUACAUCUCUGUCCCCGAUGAGAAAACUCUUAGGGAGAAAGCAGAGAAGGAAGGAUGGAAAAUCCAGAAACCGGUUGAGAGGUAUUUCUGCAAGGAACUAGACUCCACCAAGGUCUGGGGAAUGUUUUCCUUGAGACCAGCGUUUGGAACAGUACUCAAGGAAUUGGUCUUGGAUGGAACGAGUGUCGAUAUGGCAUUUGUCAAGAAAAUUUUGACUGUCUGCGCCGUCAGCGGAAAGGGUCUUAAGCGGUUGAGCGUGCGAUACUGCCGAAAGAUCAAUUUCAAUGAUGUUGUAGAAAUGAUGCCCAAGGCUAGGGUGAUUGAUGAAGGGGACGAUUCGGGGUUCGAGUCUCAAAGCGAUGGAGAAGAAGAUGAAGACAGCCUUCUUUGCGGUCUAUUGGAAUUUAAAAUAUAUGGAAUUCGAGAUCUUCACCUAGCAAACCAAGAACAUAGGCAAUGGCUGGCCAAACUUGACCAGUUCUUCAAGUAUACAAAUGAGAAGAAAAUUCGAUCAGAUGUUGGCUGGUGCUCCCAGACCCUACAAGGUCCAAAGAAACGAUUGCGAAGAUCACACUGCCACGGAACUCGAGAGCUACCAUUCAUUAGAAUCCUGCCACUCGCGGAUACCGGAUCUACCCGCACGAAGAAGUGCAUGGGCUGUAACAAGGGGCCGGAACAGAUUGGUUGGCAUUGCGACCAAUGCCUAAAGGAUGUCCUUUGCGAAUCCUGUGGAGAUUUCCUAUGCGACAACUGUGAUCCGAAACGGAGUAGGAUUGUCAAAUGCGGCGACUGUCCUUCCCGCAAGUCUGUGAAAACAAACUUCAUUAAAGCCGAUAUUAAUGAUGAUUCAGUCGAGCAACUCGUCUAUGCACUCGACUCAUCCGACUUCCCAAUAGUCCCCAAGCGAUUCGAAGAUAUCAAACAUGACAAAGAACUUCUACUCGCAAAUAACAACUGGUGUUGCUUCUAUUGCAAGAUCAUGCCAGGUCGAGAGCAAAGAUUCGUCAUGAGUAGGAGGGAUAAUGCCGCCCAUAGGGGACUGUGCAGCAGGAGAACCAGCCGGUAA